AAUUAUCGAUGGAGAAAUCGGAGAGGACGAUAAGAAAAGUGGCACGGAAAAACUAUCAAAUAGAAUCAUCUUAUCCGAUGUUAUUGACAAAUUCACGGGUUACAAAAAAUAUGUAACGCAAGACAAGGUUAAACUGUUGUCGCUUACCGGCACUAUAGAAGCAAGGGAAGGAUCACUUCCAGAAGCAAUUGGCGCAAUUAGGGAUAAAGCGAAUGGUGACUUCGAGGCCGCAAAAAAAGAUUCGAAAGAAGCAAAGGCAUUCCACGAAUGGCACAGCGCCGUCAAACAGAACUUGAAAGCGUUAUCGGAUGCAUUCUCUAAGAAAGGUAUGGAAGUGAAAACCGCUUUGCAAAAACUUAAGGAUGAGAAGAUCGGCAAACAGCUACACGGCGUCUCAGUUAGAAGCGGCACACUUCAGAAAAUUUACAACGAUAUGGUAACUAUACUUCGCGAACAUUUCGACCCCGUCAUAAAGUCCACCACCAAACUCAUGAGAGUAGAUGCCGACCGAUUCAAACACGAAUGCACUCAGUCACUCACACAACAUGUCAACACUGAAUCUCAACAAGCAAUGGACAAACUCAUUAAUCAAGCGAGAAAGCUGUGCAUAUCGUCAAUGAAGUCUUCCCUCGAACAAUUUUCGGGGAAGGUCACCGAGGAGCUGAAGCCCCUGCCCACCCUCAUCGACACCGACAGGCGGCACGGCUUUAAGGGUUUUAUGCGGACGUUGGAAGGGACGAUUGGAGAUGAUGGUGGGACGACGGACGAGAAUAUUGCGAGACUCAAGGGUCUCGUAGGUCAGCUGUCAGGGCAUGUGAAACAUAAGGACACGUUCCAAAAUCUGUCGCAGAAAUUCAAACAGUUCUGGCAUCCACUCCACGACUACCUCAAAGAAGAGACCAAAAGAGUUCACGCAGCGAAUAACGAGAAAAUUAAUCCCAAGCCGUCCGGAGAGGAACAGCUCUACACUUCCAAACUCGACGCUGCACAUUCCGCACUCAACAAACUACUCGAUCACAUUAGUAAUCACCGCUACAACCACGAAGUGCCCGCCAUGCUAGACAGUCUCUCCACUAAAGUCGAUGGUCUCCACCCCAAGACAUUCAAUGAACCGAGCACUCCCCUGCUUGACGGCGUUGGGGAGGGGCUGCGUGAGUUUGCGGCUGAACUAGGGAAGGCGUACAUAAACAGGUAUGAUGGUGGGAAAACAAUUAAAAGGUGGACACAUAGGGAAACCGGAGAUGUAGAAUUAACGGUCGGAGGCCGAAAUGGCGCAAAAAUAUUUCUGAGCCUGCUCGCCAUACUCUAUCACGAUUUGUUAAAAUUAAGAAGUGAGUGCAGGGGCUUGAGCGCACAUCAAAUCAACAAAUCAACGGACGUAGGUAGACUGUUUGCCGAACUAGGAUUCAAAGUUUCGGAAAAAAAUCAGCAGAACGGUGAAUUGCAUGACCACAGGAAUAAGAUAGGUGACUACGUAUUUAAGAGGAUUAUGUGGCCAAUGAAAAAGGCUGAUGAAAAUGAGCAUCUGAAGGGGUGUGAAUCGAAAAAGCACGAUAGAUAUAACAACUUCCACAUCUUCGACCUACUCAAUUGUAUAUACAGUCACUUUGAGCAGUACAACGAAGUCUGCCAUAUUGCUACUUCCUCAGCUAGGAGGCAGCCGUGCAGCGUCUAUGAAAUGCUUGUAUGGCUCACUGGUCUUCCAUACACUUCUGUAUACGGCACAAUGCGUGACAUAACUUUGUCGGAGUUUUUUGAAGAUUCAACUAAGCAGGUUGCCGCAGAAAUAGAGGGUAUUGAGAUGACACUCACGGACAUUGGUGCCGUACCCAUACAAGCUUGUCCACGUGACAUAACGUAUAACAAAGUAACGAAAGCAAUCACCCAUAUCUGCGCGAAAGCAUAUGAUGUUCUCGCAUCCAUAGCAGGUCACGGCGACGAAUACACGCUGUACGCCAGUGACUAUUGCAACAACUCUUUAGGUCUCAAAUAUCCUAGUUCUGGUCAGGAAUGUCUUGAUAUGCUUCUCGAUGUACUACGGAGAUGCUUGCCAGCACUCCGCUACAUUUUCUACAGAUGCAACGUAACCGCUGAGCACCACGGCUGGCGCAAUUGUGAGUACGGCAAGGAUGUGCCGACAAGCAAAUCGCAUUGCAGCAACAGUGCAACGGGCCAGGUAACGGGGCAACCAACGUGCGAAGCAAAGUGCCAACCAACUUCCCCGCUGAUGAGCUAUCUUAACGACUGCCUGCCUGGUCACUUACCGCAUAAUGUCAGCUCCAUAGGGUGCAGAUCGGUAUGCAGCAACUGUCCCUCCGCUGCGAAGCUUGGUAUGCCGUGUCUGACGCCCAUGGGAUUCCGCGGUUUCUCUGGCUCAACCAAAAGUGGCGCGGACCUAUGUGAGAUCAUUCGCGAAUUCUUAGGUAGUGGCCUGGUAGCAUCAUUGUUCUGCCUUGUACCUACUCCGCCGAAGACGCUGCCAGAACACUUCGGAUUUGCUUUGUCGCUUGUCAAUGGAUGGGUUAAUAUUACCAAUUUGACGCCCGAGAAACGAAGUGAAUUUAGCUUUCAAUCGUCAUUUGAAUCACGCAUACGUGAUGUCUCUCUUAUGUUAUAUCCCGAUUCCAAUAAGUUAAUAAAAACGUUGAUGAGAGCAUAUGGUUCACAGGCGGUUUUGCAUGAAUAUUGCAAGCAUCCUCAUCUUGUCAAUUUCACUAGCUCAGAUAUAUGUCGUUACGAUGUUGCAGAUGUAGCCUGCGCUCCUUAUCUUCAAUCGCUAUGCUCAGGUUCCUAUGAAUACAUGGCCAUCAAACACUGUGAACUGUACCUCACCUGGGCCAUAUACCUCUCAUGGGAUUUCUGGCGAUUGCUGAACAAUUUGUACAACGACUUCUGCAACAUAUUCUGUGCCGAUUGGGGUUGCCGCGGCUGCUUGAGAGGCGAUACGUGCAAGAAAGGAUCGCAUGGUCGUACUGACGAAAAAAGUGGGAACCCACGUUGCCAGUGUCCAUCAAUAGUGGAUUGUAAGGGCGUGUCACCGACGCUGUACCGAUAUGGAUUCAGUUUCUGUGACGCUGUCAAAUUGAAUGAUGAUAAAUAUAAAAAGAAGUGUUCCGAUUUCUGCAGUCAGUUAAACAAAAUGUUAACUUCACAAUAUUUCAAAGACCUCUUCAAAGAAUGCGACAACUUCAUUUGGACCAUCAGAGAACCGUUCACUUACAUGGUCCUAGCACUUUGGUCACUCUCCCUCUUCUACCUCAUCUGCGUGAUGGUUGGCAGACUGGAUGUGCUCCACAUACGCUCACACUUACGAUCACCGUCAUCGCACAAGAUAACGGCGCAAUCAUUGUUGGCGGCAGCGCAAGUCGGAAGGCUUGCCAAGAUAUCGUACCUGCAACCGUGA